GUAAGUACAGUCCAUUCGUAAUGGUCGAUACUCAUGCUUCGUAAUAAGUGUUUCACUUUCGGCAUCGGAUUGCUCUGCUGUACUAUUUUUGGGGCAACUUUGGACUUGCCGCCGCUCUCCCACACCGCUUACGGGACGUCGACGGGGCCGAACGAGACGCCAAUCAGUGAGAGUCUCCUCUGGAACUCCCUCGUGGAUGCGUUGGACAACACCUGGCUUCGACAUUUGUCAUCGGAAACUCGAGAGAAUCUGGAACGCUCCCGUGAGAUUGCGCACUUGUCGUCCUUGGACGAGAACCGCACGGCACGACCCGUCUACAACGGUCACUAUGUAGCCGUCCGACCCACGGGCUUGCCGCAACCUCGGUUGCUCCUGUACAGCCCGGACGUGGCCCAUCGAGAGUUAACUAUUACUCCAGAACAGAUUGAGUCGGAGGAAUUCCUGGCCUGGAUCUCGGGAAACCAAGUGUACGGGCCAACUUGGGCCACACCGUACGCGCUUUCCAUCAUGGGCGAACGUUAUACCAGCAACUGUCCUUUCCGAACCGGUGACGGCUACGGGGAUGGACGAGCCAUUAGCAUCGGCGAAUUCUGGGGACAGGAACUGCAGCUCAAAGGUGCGGGAACCACGCCCUUUUCGCGCAGUGGAGAUGGGAGGGCGGUACUCCGGUCCAGUGUGCGCGAGUUUCUUGCUAGCGAAGCCAUGUACGCGUUGGGUGUUGACACAACCCGCGCCUUGUCACUCGUCAUCAGUGAUUCCGAAACCAUCUCUCGGCCGUGGUACAAUCAGGCCUCUAGCGAUAGAAUCGACCAUAUUGAACGCGUACGCCAUCAAGAUAAACAAGAUCCGAAUAUGUUGGUUCAAGAGAAAACUGCCAUUACCUGCAGAGUCUCAAUGAGCUUCAUUCGUAUUGGCCAUUUCGACUUGUAUGCACGAAGAUCGGAAAAGAAAAGCUUGGAGAAUUUUGAGUAUACGGGUCUUCGUUUCGAUACCACAACUGCUGAAUGGCACGAAUUAGAGCAAUUGAUAUGGCAUACAUGUUUUCGUGAAUUUCGAACGGAAUGUUACGAUCCUUUUUAUCCUCGUCGCAACAUCGCCGCGGCUGCCGCGCUGCUGCUCGACCUGGCGGCCGAAAAAAUAGCCACUAUGGUAGCCGGGUGGAUUCGCGUUGGUUUUGCGCAGGGAAAUUUCAACGCCGACAAUUGUCUCGUGGCGGGCAGGACAGUUGACUACGGGCCGUUUGGAUUCGUCGAGGAAUUUGAUCCAACAUUUUCGAAGUGGACCGGAAGUGGAACACAUUUCGGAUUCAUGAAUCAACCAUCCGCAGCCUUGGCUAAUUAUAAAAUUUUGGUGGAAAGCGUUGUUCCAGUUAUCGCCGCGCAAACGAUGGAAGAUAUGGAACGCAUUCGGACUUCCUUUCUCGAAAGGGCACAAAUUCUUUUCGAGAAAGCAGUGUCAGAGGUCUUUCGGAUUAAGCUCGGAUUCUCGAGAGAUCAAAAAGAAGGAGACAGACUUUGGAAUUCACUACAGUAUAUGCUGAGACAUUCUAGAACAGAUUGGACUAUUUUCUUUCGCCAACUAUCUUACAUCACAAGGAGUGGUCAGCAAACCAGCUGGGGACAAGGGGCCUUCUACGAUGCGUUAACUCCAUCAAUUCGUCAGCAGUGGAUAGCUUGGCUGGAAGAAUGGAGUAGUGCUUUAAGCGCAAAUAGGAUGUCGUCUGAUGCGUUUGAGCAAAUGAUUUCUGUAAAUCCCAAGUUCGUCCUUCGGGAAUGGAUGCUGGUAAAAGCAUACCGUUCUGCUGAGAUCGGUGAAGAUGCCGAACUCUUCUAUUUACAUGAUCUGAUCCAAGCUCCUUACAGCGAAGGGAGUCCUCAACAGCAGACGCAAUACUAUCGAAGGGCUUCCGAGCAUGCUCUCACGGCUGGUGGAACAGCAUUUAUGUCCUGA